AUGUCUAAUCGUCCCCUGGGUCCAGUCGUCGCAUUGCCUCCGGCCAAACUCCCCUCUGAGGAUACCCUCACCGGCCGCACGGUUGCUCUGACCAAACUACGCACAGACCACGCCGCUCAGCUAUUCCCUCUGAUCGGUGGUGACGAUGAAAGUAAAGCUGUCCUCUGGGACUACAUGGCCGACGGGCCAUUCAGCGAUUUGAAAACUUUCCAAGAAUCCAUCGCGGCCAAAUCGCGGUCUUCCGACCCGUUCUAUUUCGCAGUCAUAGACCUCCGCCAGGAAGACCAGAACCCCACAGCGGGGCAUGCGGUGGGCUACCUCUCGUUAAUGAACAUCGUCCCUCAGCACCUCAGCAUUGAGAUUGGGAAUGUAAUGUUUUCUCCGACAUUGCAGCGGACGACAGUCGCUACCGAGGCGUUUUAUCUUCUUCUCAAGUACGCGAUCGAAGAUUUGGGGUUCCGCCGCAUCGAGUGGAAGUGUAAUGCACUGAAUGCGCCUUCCAGACGGGCUGCGCUGAGAUUGGGGUUUACUUUCGAGGGGAUCUUCCGGCAGCAUAUGGUGAUUAAAGGGAGGAAUAGAGAUACGGCGUGGUUCUCGAUGCUGCGUGAUGAGUGGGAGGGGGGUAUUAAGGGGGCUAUGGAGGAGUGGCUGCGGGAGAGCAACUUUGAUGAAAGUGGUAGGCAGAAGAAGAGUCUUGAAGAGCUGCGGGUGGGAAGGCAAUCAUAA